AUGCCUCCUUUCUUCUUCCUCUUAUUCUGGUUCUCUAUUUCUCAAGCUCUCCUUCCUCCUCGGGGUUUCUACUUAAAUUGUGGAUCAUCUUCUUCAACGAAACUCAACGACAUAACUUACACACCGGACAAAGGAUUCAUCUCCGUAGGCAACACGACGACUAUAAAGCAAAAAGACCUCCUUCCAAUCCUCUCGACGCUACGUUACUUCCCGGACAAGUCAUCACGAAAACACUGUUAUAAUUUCCCUGUCGCCAAGAACUCCAAGUACCUAAUCCGAACCACUUACUACUACGGCAACUUCGACGGUAAUAACAACCCACCUGUGUUCGAUCAGAUCGUUGGAGGCACAAAAUGGAGCGUUGUGAACACAUCCGAGGAUUACGCCAAGGGCUUGAGUUCUUAUUACGAGAUCAUUGCUGGUGUUCCUGGGAGAAGGCUAAGUGUUUGUCUAGCCAAGAAUGCACACACCCUUUCUUCACCUUUUAUAUCGGCUUUAGAUGUGCAAUCUCUUGAAGAUAAAAUGUAUAAUUCCACGGACCUUGGAUCUUACAAGCUUAGCCUCAUUGCAAGGAACAGCUUUGGAGUAGACGGAGAGAUGAUCAGCUAUCCAGAUGACCAAUACAACCGUCUAUGGCAACCGUUUUCGGACAAGAAGCAUUCGACAGUGACUUCUCGAAGCAGCAUUAACCCGUCGGACUUUUGGAACAUUCCACCGGCUAAAGCCUUUGUGGAAGGGUUCACGGCGAGUAAAGAGAAGCCUCUAGAGCUUCUAUGGCCGCCGUUUCCUCUCCCGGCCACGAAGUACUAUGUAGCUCUGUAUUUUCAGGAUGAUAGGAGUCCAAGCCCCUUGAGCUGGAGAGCUUUUGGUGUUUCAAUCAAUGGAGUUUCCUUUUUAAGAAAACUCAAUGUGAGCACCAGUGGGGUUAUGGUUUAUUCUGGCCAGUGGCCAUUGACAGGGCAGACUCAGAUCACACUGACUCCUGCCAAGGAUUCACCUUUGGGAGCAGUAAUUAAUGCUGGAGAAGUGUUUCAGGUUCUUCCUCUUCGUGGGAUCACUAAUAUUAGAGAUGCAAGUGCAAUGGAAGACCUGUUAGAGAGCAUCAAGAAGCCUCCGGUAGAUUGGUCCGGUGAUCCAUGCCUUCCUCUUGCCAACUCGUGGACUGGCCUAACUUGCUCCAAAAAUAAAAUCAGCAGAGUAAUUUCUCUAAACCUGACAAAUCGUGGACUAUCAGGCUCUCUAUCACCAAGCAUAAACAAGAUGACUGCUCUUAAAGAUUUAUGGCUGGGGAAGAACAAGUUCACAGGACCGAUCCCAGAUUUGAGUCCAAUGACGAGAUUAGAAACUCUACAUUUAGAGGACAAUCAGUUCAGUGGAGCGAUUCCUGAGUCACUUGCCCUGCUUCCUAAUCUCCGCAUACUGUCCCUCAAGAACAACAAGCUUCAAGGUACAAUUCCUAGUGCACUCCUCCAGAAAAAGGGCCUAACUAUUCAGGCGUCUCCUGAGAACAUGCCAAGCACGAUGAAGACCGGCCAAAAUUAG